AUGGGCGCAUGCACCAACCAGCCUGUCUCAGCAGCGAACGGCUCGCAGCCAAAGCCAGCCAAAGCCAACCAGGGCCGGGCAAUGCCGGUUUCAGCUUGGCCGUCGACGCCCACUCGAGCUGCUGCAUGUUGCGCAUCUGAGGCGGCCGACGACGACGACCGUGCCAGUGAUCACCACCAGGGAGCACGGCCGGCCAUGACAGCCCCGUCUAGAGUGUCGUUGUUGUUGUUGUUGUUGUCGAGGCGAGGCGAGGCGAAAAAAACUCUACGAUAUGCAGAGAUGCAGUGCAGGGCCGCGCAUCAAGCGGGCGUGGAUGGCAUCGAGUGGAUAACCACCACCACCACCACCACACGACAAUGCAUAGUAUACGGCGGCGAGACUGCCCAGACAACUUCUGAGUCGGCCAUGCAUGCAACGCAUCAAUCAGGACGACUGGUGUGCAGCAGCUUCGCCACCACGUCCGCCGCCAUGGACCCAAGAUGUGGGAGAGCCCAACCGAUGCAACGCAUGGCAUAG